UUGUUAGAAAGUUAAUGGCUGGGGGAAAGAGAUCCUCCUCAACCCUCGCUACGGGAGAGUUUCUGGAUUCCCUGAAGUAAAAUCAAGCAAAUAUCUUACAGGAAAGCGCCUGGACGGAUCCUUAAGUCAACAGCUAGCUCUGUAACGCACGCAUCGUGAACCUAAGUAUGCAGGAUGCUGUAGCCGGGACAGCAAUGCUGACGGACGGCUUUGAGGACGAGAUUGACUCGGUGACUCCUCGCUCCCCAGUGGCAGAGAUGGGGGUAGGAGCGACACCAGGAGGAGUCGGACUAGGGGGCAUUGGGAUUGGUGUAGGUGGAAAGAAAGUGCGUUUGUACAGUGAACCAGGUGGACCUGGAGCAGAAAGACUGGAUUUCAAACUAGCGGCUGCGGCCGUCCUCUCCUCGGGUCCAGGAUCCGGCAGCGACGAAGACGAGGUUUCAGAGGUGGAGUCAUUCAUUUUGGACCAGGAGGACUUGGACAACCCCAUCAUGAAGACGGCAUCAGAGUUGCUUUUGUCCAGCGCCACAGACGGAGUGGAUUUGAGGACUGUUGAUCCAGAGACGCAGGCCCGACUUGAAGCUCUGCUGGAAGCUGCAGGCAUCGGUAAACUGUCCACUGCCGAUGGCAAAGCUUUUGCAGACCCUGAAGUGCUACGGCGGCUGACGUCAUCAGUGAGCUGUGCCCUGGAUGAGGCUGCAGCUGCCCUGACCCGUAUGAGAGCAGAAAACACACUCAACGCUGGUCAGGCUGACAAUUUGGUUAUUUUCAGCCGCAGCUUAGCAGAGGCGUGUUCAGAUGGAGAUGUCAACGCUGUGCGCAAACUUCUGGAUGAAGGCCGGAGCGUCAACGAACACACAGAAGAGGGAGAAAGCCUGUUGUGCCUGGCCUGCUCUGCUGGUUAUUAUGAACUUGCACAGGUUUUGUUGGCCAUGCAUGCCAAUGUAGAAGAUCGGGGCAUCAAGGGGGACAUAACGCCCCUGAUGGCUGCUGCCAGUGGAGGCUAUGUGGACAUUGUCAAACUGCUCCUAGUCCAUGGAGCAGAUGUUAAUGCACAAUCUUCCACAGGCAACACAGCUCUGACGUAUGCAUGUGCCGGCGGCUUUGUGGAUGUGGUUAAGGUGCUGCUAAAGGAGGGUGCAAACAUUGAAGAUCACAAUGAGAAUGGACACACUCCCCUCAUGGAGGCGGCCAGCGCCGGCCAUGUAGAAGUGGCCAGGGUCCUUUUGGAGUAUGGCGCCGGCAUCAACACACACUCCAACGAGUUCAAGGAGAGUGCUCUAACACUUGCCUGCUACAAAGGUCACUUGGAUAUGGUGCGCUUUCUCUUGGAGGCUGGAGCUGACCAGGAGCAUAAAACAGAUGAGAUGCAUACAGCACUAAUGGAGGCUUGCAUGGACGGCCAUGUGGAGGUAGCGCGACUGCUGUUGGACAGCGGUGCACAGGUCAACAUGCCAGCGGACUCCUUUGAGUCGCCCCUCACCCUUGCUGCGUGUGGAGGACACGUGGAGCUGGCAGCCUUGCUCAUUGAGAGAGGUGCCAAUUUGGAAGAGGUUAAUGAUGAAGGCUACACUCCGCUGAUGGAGGCAGCAAGAGAAGGUCAUGAAGAGAUGGUAGCGCUUCUGUUAGCUCAAGGUGCUAACAUCAACGCCCAGACAGAGGAGACCCAGGAGACUGCGUUGACACUGGCAUGUUGCGGAGGCUUUUUGGAAGUUGCAGACUUCCUCAUUAAAGCAGGAGCUGAUAUUGAGCUAGGAUGCUCCACUCCUCUAAUGGAAGCUGCACAGGAAGGCCAUCUGGAGCUGGUCAAAUACCUACUAGCUGCAGGUGCCAAUGUUCAUGCCACCACAGCAACAGGAGACACAGCAUUGACCUAUGCAUGUGAGAAUGGGCACACGGAUGUGGCUGAUGUGCUGCUGCAAGCUGGAGCCAACUUGGAGCAUGAAUCAGAAGGCGGCCGGACCCCCCUCAUGAAGGCAGCAAGGGCGGGGCAUCUCUGCACAGUACAGUUUCUCAUCAGCAAAGGUGCUAAUGUCAACAGAACUACUGCCAACAAUGAUCACACAGUGGUCUCUCUGGCCUGUGCUGGAGGGCAUCUCGCUGUGGUGGAGUUGCUGUUGGCACACGGCGCAGAUCCUACGCACAGACUCAAAGAUGGUUCAACCAUGCUGAUUGAAGCUGCUAAGGGUGGCCACACUAACGUGGUGUCCUACUUGUUGGAUUACCCCAACAACAUCCUGUCUGUACCAGCCCCCGACCUGUCCCAGUUCACACCCCCAUCACAAGACGCCUCUCAGGUUCCUCGUGUCCCAUUCCAAGCUCUCGCCAUGGUAGUACCCCCCCAGGAGCCCGACAGAGCCCCAUCAAACAUCUCCACACCCCCACCCAUUUCCAGCAAAGGCGUGUCUAAACAGAGGCAAGCAGCCAUGCAGCCCGGUGUCCCCUGUUCUGUGGGACGGGGGUCUGAAGCGGAGCCUCUGCCACCCUUCCACUUGUGCCAACCUCUGGAGUGCAUUGUGGAGGAAACGGAGGGAAAGCUAAAUGAGCUGGGCCAGAGAAUUAGCGCUAUUGAAAAGGCUCAGCUACAAUCAUUAGAGCUUAUUCAGGGGGAGCCGCUCACCAAAGACAAGAUUGAGGAGCUAAAGAAGAGCAGAGAGGAACAGGUGCAGAAGAAGAAGAAAAUCUUGAAGGAGUUGCAGAAGGUAGAGCGUCGGCUGCAGUUGAAAACACAGCAACAGUUCACCAAAGAGUACAUGGAAGCAAAGGGCUUAAAGGAAGAUCAGGAGGCGGGACAAAGCCAGGGCCCGGGGCCGGGGCCUGGGAUUACAGCAACAGACCCCGCGCUCCUCCUUUCCACGGCAGUUGUUCAGGCGCACACUGGCUCCGACACGGAUGAAGAGGCCAACAAAGACGAGGAACAAGAAGACCAGCCAGGGGAGGACGGGGAAGAGGAAGAGGAAGAUGAUGAUGAAGAAGAGGAGGGCUCAGAUGACGACGGCGAGGACGACGACUAUCCCAAGCUUCCUCAGGUUGACACAAUCCUCUAUAGGGAUGGACCACAGCAGCCUCCUCUUCCUCCUUCGCCACAGACUCAGCCUCAGCCUCCUCCUCCACCUCUUCAGGCUCCUUUUGUCCCAAUCCAACCCCUGCCAGAUUACAAUCCUGCAGACUACGCAGGAAGUACAAGUCCAGAGCUGCAGAGGGUAUUGCUGGGGCAACAGAUUCUAGGGCAGCAGCAGGGUCAGGGUCAACAGCUUGCUGGGCUUGGUCCUGGAAUGAUACCGCAGCAUGCUCCAGAUGGGCUGAUGGUAGCUACACCUGCGCAGACGCUCACAGACACGCUGGAUGACAUCAUGGCAGCUGUGAGCAGUCGCGUGCCCAUGCUGAACACUACGACUUCUCCCACGCCCCUCUCCCAGCCGCCUGCACAGACGCCCGCAAACAUCGCAUCUCCCCCUUCUGUACUGCCCUUGUACCCCUCUGUUGACAUUGAUGCACAUACGGAGAGUAAUCACGACACAGCGUUGACGUUAGCGUGUGCAGGAGGACACGAGGAGCUAGUGUCUGUCCUCCUGGCACGGGGAGCCAACAUCGAGCACCGGGAUAAGAAAGGGUUUACCCCUUUGAUCCUGGCAGCCACUGCUGGCCACGUGGGAGUGGUUGAGGUGCUGCUUGACAAAUGCGGUGACAUCGAGGCCCAGUCAGAGAGAACCAAAGACACGCCCCUCUCGCUGGCCUGCUCCGGGGGACGCCAAGAGGUUGUGGAGUUGCUGCUGCUGCGUGGAGCCAACAAGGAACACCGCAACGUUUCAGACUACACUCCUCUGAGCUUGGCUGCUUCUGGAGGAUAUGUCAAUAUCAUCAAGAUACUCCUCAACGCUGGAGCUGAGAUCAACUCCAGGACCGGCAGCAAGCUGGGAAUCUCUCCGCUGAUGCUGGCUGCGAUGAACGGCCAUGUGCCAGCUGUGAAGCUGUUGCUGGAUAUGGGCUCCGACAUCAACGCCCAGAUUGAAACCAACCGAAACACCGCUUUGACUCUAGCCUGCUUUCAGGGGCGGGCCGAGGUCGUCAGCCUGCUGCUCGAUCGCAAGGCUAAUGUUGAGCAUCGGGCCAAGACUGGUUUAACUCCUCUGAUGGAAGCAGCCUCUGGAGGUUAUGCAGAAGUGGGCCGUGUCCUGUUGGACAAAGGUGCUGAUGUCAAUGCUCCCCCUGUCCCCUCAUCCCGAGACACUGCCCUCACCAUUGCUGCUGACAAGGGCCACUACAAGUUCUGUGAGCUGCUUAUCAACAGGUGCGCUCAUAUUGAUGUACGAAACAAGAAAGGGAACACUCCUCUCUGGUUGGCAGCAAACGGUGGUCACUUUGAAGUUGUUCAGCUCCUUGUACACGCCAGCGCCGAUGUGGAUGCAGCCGACAACCGCAAAAUCACCCCACUUAUGGCGGCAUUUCGCAAGGGUCACGUGAAGGUGGUUCAGUAUCUUGUGAAGGAGGUUAACCAGUUCCCAUCAGACAUCGAGUGCAUGAGAUAUAUUGCUACCAUCGCAGACAAGGAGCUGUUAAAGAAAUGCCACCAAUGUAUGGAGACCAUUGUCAAAGCUAAAGAUCAGCAAGCAGCUGAAGCCAACAAAAAUGCUAGCAUUCUUCUUAAGGAGCUGGACCUGGAGAAGUCUCGAGAAGAGAGCAAGAAGCAGGCCCUGGCUGCAAAGCGGGAGAAGAGGAAGGAGAAACGCAAGAAGAAAAAGGAGGAGCAAAAGAGGAAGCAGGAGGAAGAAGAGGGACAGAAAACGAAGGAGGAGUCCUCUGAGAUGCACGACCAGAAGGAGGAUUCAGCUGAUGAAGCUGAAGUUCCCAUUGAACCUCCAAGUGCGACCACCACCACCACCAUCGGUAUAUCAGCCACCUCCCCCACCUUCACUACACCUUUUGGUAAGAAGCGAGCAAACGUGGCCACUACCCCAAGCACCAAUCGCAAGAACAAAAAGAACAAGACUAAGGAUUCAGCACCAAGUGAACCAAUUAUAUUACAGGACCCCCAGGUUGUGUUAGCACAACACAAGGCUGACAAGAACAAGAUCCAUGGUGAGCCACGUGGUGGGGGUGGGGGCGUGACGGGUGGCAACAGCGAUUCUGACCCGCUGGACAGCACCGAUUGUGCCAGUGAGAGCAGCAGCAGUGGUGGGAAGAGUCAGGAGCUCAACUACCUCCCUGACCUCACCUCCUUCGCCUCCUCCUCCUCUUCCUCUUCUUCUUCUUCAUCCUCCUCAUCCUCGGCCCCUUCCUCAGGAGCGGCCCCCUCCCAGAUCCCCUUGCCUGGCCCAGAGAAGAGACACUUUCCUCAGCCGCAAGCUGACAGCAAAGUAGACAAUAAGGUCACGGUCUCCAUCUCAAAGCCACUGCAAAAAGUUCCAGAUGCAAACGACUCCACCUCAAACUCUUUGCCUUCGCCGUUCAAACCCAUGGUUCUUCCCGUCACGUCGCCCAACACCAAGCACAGCCUCACAAGUCCAAAGAGAAUCCAAAAAAGAGAUGAAGGGUGGAAAGAGGUGGUCAGAAGAUCAAAGAAGCUGUCUGUGCCAGCCUCUGUUGUGUCUCGGAUCAUGGGCCGAGGAGGCUGCAACAUCACGGCCAUUCAAGACGUGACAGGAGCUCAUAUUGACGUGGACAAACAGAAGGACAAGAAUGGGGAGAGAAUGAUUACUAUCAGAGGAGGGACGGAGUCUACACGGUAUGCAGUGCAGCUGAUCAACGCUCUAAUCCAAGACCCAGCCAAGGAGCUUGAGGAUCUAAUUCCCCGAAACCACAUCAGGGCCCCAGGCUCUAAAACAACCCCAGCAUCCUUUUCUUCUACCGUAGGGACCACCAGUGGCUCAACUACCAGCACAAAGGCUUUAAGCUCAUUGGUCACAUCUCCCUGUGUUCCGUUCCAGCCCCCCUCCACAUCUUCAUCCUCCUCUCAGUCUGCAGGGAAGAUUGGGAAGGGGCUUUCAUCAAACAUCAGACAGCCUUUCCCAGUGUCUCUGCCCCUGGCAUACGCCCACCCUCAGCUUGCCCUGCUGGCUCAGACGAUGCACCAAAUCAGACAUCCUCGUCUACCUAUGGCUCAGUUUGGAGGCACCUUCUCUCCCCAAUCCAGUACCUGGGGUCCCUUCCCAGUCCGUCCCGUAAGUCCCGGCAGUGCUAACAGCUCCCCAAAACACAACGGAGGCGCAAACAAUGCUGGUGCUCAGGCCAGAUCCAACUCGACCCACAGCGAGCACAGCAUCACAGCCAGCUCAGGAACGGCAGUCCCCACCUCCAACAUGACCACCACUAGUGUGCCCAACACAUCUGCAGCCUCGCCUCAUCCCACUAAUCCUACUCCGUAUAAUCCACAGCAAAGUGUCCCCACUCCUUCGUCUGUUAGGAAGCAGCUCUUUGCCCCUGACCCCAAACUUGCUGGCGCCACCCCUGUAUCUUCUGCUGCUCAGUGCAGUGGUAGUAAUACAGUAGCAGGCACGGCUUCUCCUGCACAUCACAGUUCAACCACGACAACGGCAAACCCCUCUCUGGAGCCAGUAGGAUCCAUUUCUCAGGCCCCCGCCCAGCCCGCUAAAUCAGAGCCCAGUGGUGUUGCCCCUCCUGGGAAGGACAAGCUGCCUCUACACGGAGAGAGCCAGACUGUGUCAGUCAGCGAGAGCAUCAACUCUGUCGGUUUCAGUUCUCAAGCCAUGACUGUAGUUUCCAAAUCAGAGUCUCGACAGCAAUUGCCACCUCCUCCCUCCUCUGCAUCGUCGACGGAAGCUCCUCCUCCCCUCCUUAACCCACAGCCCAGUUCUCACCUUCCUUCAGCGUCGGCCCCCAUCCUCUCCCCCAGGGUUGCGCACCCCAACAACACCAUUCCUCAUUUCUCAGCCCCCGCUCCCAGGAUCUCUCAUCGUAUGCAGCCAUCAGGGCCUUACUAUUCCCUUUCUGAGCAACAGACGCAGCAGCAACAGCUGUCUGGGUUUGUGCCCCCAAGCAAGGAAUCCCUCAAACAAACCCAAAACCAGACGUCCCAGCCACCAAGUGGACCCGCUCAAGCCCAAUCACACGCCCAUGGUCAGGCUCCAGGCUCCCUCCAGGUCUCUGUGAACAUGGGGAUCAUCAACGGUUCCCAGAUGCCGCAUGUCACUGGUGCAGGGAAGCCUCAGCAGAUCCCUCCCAACUUUGGUCCUGCAGGUCUCUUCAGCAUCAGCAGCAUCUUUGAUAACAGCCAAGUGGGAAACAGUCAGGUAUGGGGAGCGUGCCAUUUACCUGCUCGAUCACCACCAGAGCAGUCGUAUUCAGCCCAUCCGCCUUUUGUCAUGGGCCAAAUGGAAAAUAUGAUGCCCCCACCUCCACCAGACAGCUCCAAAGCACCUGGUUACCGCCCUGUCUCUCAGGCUAUAUCUGGCAGCCAUAUGUACGUGCAGCAGGGUCACGGAGGAGUCGGCACACCCUCCAUCAGCAGACAGCACUUCUCCCCUCACCCAUGGAGUGCGUCCACGUCAGGUGAAUCCCUCGUCCUGCCUCCUCCUACAGUGUCCUCCUCUGCCAUGGUGCCUCCUCCCCAACCGAAGCCAGGCAACUCCUCCCAGCAGGACCGAAAAGUUCCCCCACCUAUCGGCACCGAACGGUUGGCGAGAAUCAGACAGACUGGUACAGUCAACCCACCUCUCCUCCCAAGCAGCUACCCGGCUUCAGUUGGACAGGGGGGCAUUUGGUCUUUUGGAGUUGGUAGCGCCUCAGAGGCCAUGUCUGGUUGGUCCCAACCCCUGAUGGGCAGCCACAUGAUGCACCCGCAGCUGCAGCCUGAUCAGUCGGCCUUCUCUCAGCACCAGCUCAUGGAACAGGACGACACCGGCAUUGCAAACCCUGCUAACAACUACCACCAGCCUCAACAUUUGCCCAGCAAUUACAUAGACUUCCAGAAGGGUAUGCCUAUGUCAAUGUAUGGAGGAACUAUGCUGACUCCCCAUCCUCCCAUGGCAGAGGGGCCUGGGGGUCCAAUGUACAAUGGUUUGCAUGCAGGUGACCCUGCAUGGAGCCCCAUCAUCAAAGUUGUACCUGGCAGUGCAGACAAUUCUGACCCACAGCAGCAGGUCUGGCCUGGUACCUGGGCACCUCAUGUGGGCAACGUGCACCUGAACCAUGUCAACUAGACCGAGUUCAAACAUUUGCCGCACACAGCAUGACCCACAAAACAAACAUGUACUACCAACUGAUGAGAAUGACCGAAGGAGACAAAGGAAAAAAAUGAUACAAAGUACUUGUUAACUUCAGUAGACCUAAGAGUUCAGAGCAUUGGCUGAAGAAUGGGGAAUUCAGUUCACCAUUCUUUCAUGUGCCUAUCCCAUGAAGGAAAUUGGGCUAGAGCUGUUAUCGAAGUCCUGACGAGGCGAACAGACGGGCGCGAUUUCCUGUUCACCAGGAUCCAUUCUCUGCGUAGUUUAGCAAAUAUGACUUAAACCCACAUACAUUGUUCUUGGGAUACAGGGGUCUCAACAUGAAGUAGCUAUUUAAACUCGGCCCAGAUCUAGAUGAUGAUUACUUAAAGAGAGAAAUCAGAACCUUUUAGAGUGGUAAAUACAUGUAUAAUUGUUUACAUACUAAAAAGGGUUAAAAUGAGAGUAAAUUUCAUGUCGUAUAGUGGCUCUACUUUAUGUAGCCUGUAUUAAUGUGAAAUAUUUACCUUAAUAUUCAAUAAAAAGAUUGAAAAAAAACCA